UUAUUCCAAGCUGUAUCAGUAGACACUAAGCCUCAAGAUGUUUAGUUUCGCGGCGUUCGCUUGGCUGGUUUCCUGUGCUGCUGUUCUGGGCGUUGAGGUUGAGUUGGAUCUGGGCCGCAUACGUGGAGUCAAUCUGACAUCAAGACUGGGUGUGCCGUUUCAUGCUUUUCGCGGCAUACGUUACGCUCAGCCUCCGCUGGCUGAGUUACGGUUCAAAAAUCCGCAACCAGUGAAACCUUGGGCACCAGCUACCUUUGAUGCCACCCAAGACGGCCCCAUGUGCCCACAGCCGUGGGACAACAUGACCGACGUGUCCGAGGACUGUUUGCGCUUGAAUGUCUAUUCGAAAAAUCUAAAUGCAACUGCUCGUCUGCCAGUGGUUGUGUUUCUGCAUCCAGGCGGCUUCUAUGUCUUCUCCGGGCAGAGCAAGUACUUGGCCGGUCCGGCGCAUUUGAUGGAUCGUGAUUGUGUGCUGGUGACACUGAACUACCGUCUGGGUAGCUUGGGCUUUCUGGCCACUGGCAGCGCAGAAGCCCCCGGCAAUGCCGGACUUAAGGAUCAGGUGCUGGCACUACGCUGGAUUCAGAAGUAUAUCCAUUUGUUUGGCGGCGACCCGCAUUCAGUGACGCUCUUGGGUUACAGUGCGGGUAGUCUGAGCAUAGGCUUGCACAUGUUGUCCCCGAUGUCACGGGGUCUGUUUCAUCGUGGAAUCUGCAUGAGUGCCUCGCCGUACGGGCAAUGGGAAUAUCAUACAUCAGAUCUGCAGCUGGCGCAGCGCCAGGCCCGUUUGCUGAAAUGCCCGGAGCUUCCGGUCAGAGACUUGGUCGCCUGCUUGCGUGCGAAGCCCAUGUUGGACUAUGUGAGCUCUUACAAUGGCAUGUUCGAAAUUGGAUGGAACCCAGUGCUAAACUGGCUGCCAGUUAUCGAGCAGGACUUCGGUCAGGAGCGUUUUCUGCUCGAGCAUCCGUACAAAACAGCGCUGAGUGGCAACUUCUACAAAGUGCCUCUCAUCGCAGGCAUCACUGAGUUUGAGUUUCUCUCGGGCGCAUUCUUUGAUUUGCGUAAUGACAGCAUACGUCAGAAGCUAAACGAUAACUGGGAACAUUAUGCGCCUAUUGCGUUGCUCUACGAGCGGGGCACGCCCCAUUCACGAGAGGCCAGCACUGUCUUACGGAGCAAAUUUUUGGGGAACAGCAGCAUAGAGAAUCCUCAAUCCCUCCAAGGCUUGGGCAAGCUCUAUAGUGAUGCUCUCAUUGGCGUCGAGUACCAUCGUUUUAUGCGUCUGAUGGCGCCUCAUACACCAAUCUUUACGUACUUUUUCCGCUAUAAAGGACGCUACAGCUUUCUGAAGCAUCCGGAUACCAAUCAAACCUAUGGCGCCGUGCAUCACGAUGAGCUCUUGUAUCUGUUCCAAGUGCCAAUUGUAGCUCCUGCAUUUAAAAAGAGCGACCCAGAAAAUUUACUAAUUGAGCGGCUAACGCGCAUGUGGACAGAGUUUGCCAGAAAGGGCGAUCCCAACAGUGCGACUGAUGAGUAUUUAAGCCACCUUCAGUGGCCUCAGUACAAUUGCCAUGAUCAGGCGUAUUUGGAAAUUGAUACGAAUCUUACGCCAAAAACUGGCAAUAUUUAUGAAGAGCGUUACAAAAUUUGGGAUCAGCUCUUUCCCUAUCCGAGCUUCUAA